AUGCCUGUUAUUCCACAAUAUACCUUACACUAUUUUGACCUUAUGGGAAAAGCUGAAGUAACAAGAAUGUUAUUUAAUUAUGCUGGAGUUAAAUUUACUGAUAAUAGAAUUAAAUUUGAAGAUUGGCCAGCAUUAAAAGAAAAACAACCUUUUGGACAAUUACCAGUAUUGGAAGUUGAUGGAAAAGUUCUUUUCCAGUCAAGAGCUAUUGAGAAAUUUUUAGCAAGACAAUUUGGACUCAUUGGAAAUGAUGAUUUUGAGGCUGCUCAAGUUGACCAAUACAUUCUUACAAUUGAUGAUGUAAUGAUAAAUUUUAGACCAGCUUUUAUGGAAAAAGAUGAAGCAAAGAAAGCUGAACUUAUGAAGAAAGCAUUCCAAGAACAUGGUGUUCCAGCACUUAAACGUUUUGAAGGAUUUUUAGCUAAAAAUGGUACAGGUUACUUUGUUGGAAAUGGUGUAACAUUAGCUGACUUUGCAUUAUACCAAUUCUUAUUCUAUAUUAAAAAGAUGUCAUCUGAAUCUGCUUUAGAUAACUAUCCAGAAUUAAAGAAAUUUGUACAAAAAAUGUAUGGAAAUGAAAAAUUAAAACCAUAUCUUGAAACUAGAUCUGAAAAAUUAUUACCUUAA